CCUCCCACAACAAUGCUGUAGUACGACUCAAACCGGCACGAAGCCACGAAGCCAGAACAGGUUUUUCUUCAUGUCCUACUUAGCGUCGCGGUGUUCCUGAUAACCCACCAGAAAAUAAACCUCACACAGCCACACUGGAUUGUCAAACGACGAACAAUUGGAGCAUAACACGCUUUCAAUACGAAACUAUUUGUUAAUAAUAAAAACCGCAAGCAUAUAAAGGAUGAAUUCAAUACGACAGGUGCCUUCGCGGGUUAAAAGCAAAAGGACAGAAACGAUUUUAGGAGCCGAGAGGGAGCAUUUCGAAAAACAGCAGCUUAGCAGUAUCAGUAAGGCCAUAAAUUCCACAGAGACGCCACUGAAGGAGAAACAUGCACGCAGAAUUAUUUUGGGAACCCACAGAGAGAAGGGGGCCUAUACCUUCUGGUCAUAUGCUGUUGGUCUGCCCCUGCCAAGCAGUGCUAUCCUUAGCUGGAAGUUCUUCCAUGUAUUACACAAAAUCUUGCGUGAUGGUCACAGAAAUACUUUACAAGACUGCAUGAGACACUACAGCAGCAUUGCUGAGACAGGGUUACUAUGGAGUAACACACGGGACAGACAUGGGUAUGGACAGCUGGUUUCUCUACAUUCCAAACUCCUCUGCACCAAGAUAGAGUUUCACACUAAGCAUUCUGAAAUCCCAGCCAGUCUAGAAGCCACAGAUGAAGUCCUGGAGCGUACAGCAGGAACAGACAUCAAUAAUGUGUUCCAGCUCACAGUAGAAGUGUUUGAUUACAUGGAUGCAGAGCUUCGAUUAGCAGAAGCUGUGCUUCGCCAGCUCAAUAUGUCCAUUGCUAUCUCCACACUGACGUCAGGCCAGUGUAAACUAGCACCUCUUAUCCAGGUCAUCCAGGACUGCAGUCACCUCUACCACUACACCGUCAAACUGCUCUUCAAACUGCACGCCUGUUUACCAGCAGACACACUUCAGGGACACCGUGAACGCUUCCAUGAGCAGUUCCACAGCCUCAAAACAUUCCUCAAUAAAGCUCGAGACAUGCUAUACUUCAAGAGGCUCAUCCAGAUACCUAGAUUGCCUGAUUCUCCACCCAACUUCCUUCGCGCCUCUGCUCUAGCAGAGCAUGUUAAACCCAUGGUUGUCAUCCCAGAUGAAGAAGAGCUUGAGGAGCAGGAAGAGGAUGAACCCGAGCCUCUGGUAGAUGUUAGGGAGGCGCAGCCUAGCAUGGCCUCUCAGCCGCAGGGUGAUAUAUUUGAUCAAGCAUUUGGACCACCAAAUGAUGGAUUUGAUGACAGAGACCUCCAAAUCGAACAUCUGAAACGAGAAAUUGAACUUCUGAAAUCUGAGCUUGAGAAGAUCAAAGGAGAGGCUCAACGCUAUAUCACACAGCUCAAGUCACAGAUCAACAAUCUUGAGACAGAACUGGAGGAGCAGCGUGUGCAGAAGCAGCGUGCCCUGGUGGAGAAUGAGCAGCUACGCAUGGAGUUAGAGGCCCACCGACGCCGCAACACUGAACAUGAGAGUAUGCAGACCAACUUUGUUGAGGCUGAAAAAAGAGCCCAAGCGACAGAGUUGCGUUAUAAUAAACUGAAGGAAAAGCAUGCUGAACUUGUUGCCAAUCAUGCUGAACUCCUCCGAAAGAGUGCAGACACAGUGAAGAUGCUGUCAGCCACACAACAGACUCAAGAGGAAAUUGAACGAACUAAGCAUCAGUUAUCCUUUGAGGUAGAAAGAGUCAGACAAGAAUCAGACAUGAAGGUUGAAGAACAGAGGUUUGAUAUGGAUAAGCUGAGGAGGGAGCUUGAAGGGAAGAAUGCAGAGAUCCAGAAAGUCAAGAGUUUAUUACAGACCUCUAAGAAGGAAGGAGAGCAGCUGAACAGCUCUGUGGCUACACUUCAGACAGAAAAGGAUAGACUGUCGCAGUCUAUAAGUAAGAAAGAUGCUGAGCUCUCCUCCCUGAUGAAGGAAGCUCAGCUGAAAGAGUAUUCCUUACAGCAGGAGCGAGACAGGACCAUCAAGGAGCUUGGAGAACUACAAGGCAAACUCAAAGAGAAGUUAAGUCAUGAAGAGCAGCUGCAGCAGAAGUUGCUGGAUGAGCAGUUUGCACUGCUGCAGGCGACAGUCACCGAGGCUGAGAACAUCAUUCAGGAUGCUGUUGCUACACUAGAUGACCCCCUGCACAUCAGCUGUUCCAGCUCCCCAGAUUACCUCAUUAACCGAGCAGAGGCUACGCUCAACUCCAUUGAUAAGGUGCAAGUGGGCCACUCUGAAUAUGUGAAGAGUAUGAGGGAUGCUGGGAGUCUUGUUAGGGCUCUUACUAAGUUUUCGCAUCUUACUGCUGACACAAUAAUCAGUGGAAGUGCAACGGCAAACAUGGCCCCUACUGACGACGCUGACCGUUUGACAGAGCACUGUAAGAGUUGUGCCACCCAGAGCCUGCAGUAUCUUAGGAAUCUUAAAUCAAAAGCGUCUCUAAAGGGGGCUGAUCCUACAUCGAUUCAAGCAGUGGUGCAGAAGAUUCUUAGAAUAGGACAGGAUCUGAAGCCAAAAGGCAUAGAUGUUGGUAAGGAAGAGCUGGGUGACAUGGUGGAUAAAGAGAUGGCUGCUACCUCUGCUGCUAUUGAGGAGGCUGUUAGGAGAAUUGAUGAAAUGAUGAGUCAAACCAGAAAGGACACAACAGGAGUCCAACUGGAGGUCAAUGAGAGAAUCCUAAAUAGCUGCACUGAUCUUAUGAAGGCCAUCCGUCUUCUGGUGUUGGCAUCCACAGACCUGCAGAAGGAGAUUGUGGAGAGUGGAAGAGGUGGAGCUUCGUUGAAAGAAUUUUAUGCUCGUAACUCGCGCUGGACAGAGGGUCUUAUUUCUGCCUCCAAAGCUGUGGGAUGGGGUGCAACACAGAUGGUUGAUUCUGCUGAUAAAGUGGUGUUGCACACUGGGAAGUAUGAGGAGUUGAUCGUCUGCUCUCACGAGAUUGCUGCUAGUACUGCACAGCUUGUUGCAGCCUCCAAGGUGAAAGCUGACCGUGGCAGUAAGAAGCUCAGCGUUCUUCAGCAGGCCUCACGCCAUGUUAAUGAGAUGGCUGCUAAUGUGGUGGGAUCCACCAAGACCGGGCAGGACCAGAUCGAGGAUAAGGACACUAUGGACUUCUCUGGCAUGUCUCUAAUUAAGCUCAAAAAAGAAGAAAUGGAAUCACAGGUGAAGGUUCUAGAGCUUGAAACCAUGUUGGAUAAUGAACGUCUGCGUUUGGGUGAACUCAGGAAGAAACACUAUGAGAUAGCAGGUGUCCCUCUAGAGCACUUUGCUCAGGACAACGGUCUGAGAGCCUCUCCACAUGUGACUGCUGCCCCGUCUUCUCCCAAACCCUCUAAACCCACUCUAAUGAAGAAACCAGCUCUUACACAAAAACCCAACAUUCCACCCAAAAGCAUGUUGAGGUGAGCACAUCUGGAUGAAGAUAUUUGAAGACUCGCUGAAUCUCAAAUCCUCAUGCAUCCAAAACUUUUGUUAAAUCUCCCUAUUAUCUUUCUUUUUUCCACUUUCUAUGUCUGUACACGCAAAUGUUUUUCCAUAUCUUCCAUGUAAGACCUUUGCCUUUUUUCCAUUUCAGAGUGCCUUAGAGGCUACAGAUUAUUUUUUAUCUUAGAUAUAGAGCUAUAGUACUGGGUGUUCAUCAUUUAAACAAAUUCAAAUAAUUUAGUUUUUUUUAAAUUGCAGAUAGUUUGUUUUAUUUACAUUACACAUAGUACGUUAUAGGGCAGAAUAAUGAAUAACAUCUGGCUUCAAGGGAUAAUUCACCGAAAAUUCUAACAUAAACUUAAAAAAAAGUGCCUCUACCUAAAUUUUUGCAAAACUCCAAAAAUGUAUCUAUACAUUAGUGAUGCGCGGAUGGAGGUUAUAUCCACGGGCGCUGCAGAUAAUCCACAGGUAGGGUAAUAAAAAAAAAUGCAUUCUGAUUAUUUGCGGGUGGGUGGAUAGGAUAAAUCAUUAAUGAUGCAUAUAUUAACUACAUUUUUCUAACAUAUGAAUGUGUUUUAAAUAUGCUACAGAAAUUCAAUAAACUGUAAAUUAACGUAUUAAAAUUAUUCAACACAUUAUUUAGUCAGGAGCAGUGAGGGAUUUUCUCUGUCUUUUGUUAUUUGAUUAACAUUAAUGACAGAUGGCACAGCUUUAUUAGGCUGCUGUCACAAGACCUAUUUCACGGAUCCAAUACUGAUACAAAUGCGUUUUCUUUUGCAACUGUUUACAUUAACUUAAGACAAAACCAACAGUGCUUAUGAGGAUACUCGCCAGGAUGACCAUUUUGACAUCUUUUUUUGUGUAUUUGGCCACUUAAGCGCAACAAGCUUUGCUUGAAAAUAAUACAUUUUUGUGACGAUGCAACAAUGACCGAUUAGGCAAUUGACAAUUCUGUCAACUACCGAAACACGAGCUAAAGUCUUGUAUCGCAGCGUGCAGCAGCUCUAGAUGCACCGAUGUGCAGAGAAGGUCAAAGAGAAAGGAACGCGGUACAGCUGAAUCACUCACGCUGUUUUCAUGAGACUAAUUUGAUCUGAUGGUUUGUGUGGAUUUGUUUACUCAUCUAACCUACACGCUAUAUUGAAUAAAUGUUUUGCAGGAAUUUCCCUCAUAUUAAAGUCGAAAGCUGCGGGAAUGAGUAAUCCGAAAUUCAGGACCUGAUUAAACAUAAUUCUAUUAUACAGAGAUAGAUAAAAUAGAUUUCCAUGUCUUUUCCAAAACUUUCUGGGUUUAUUUAUUUUUCCAAAACUUUCCAGGCCUGGAAAUUGCUGUUUUAAAAGUCCAUGACUUUUCCAGGUUUUUCAUGACUGUACAAACGAUCGGGUGCAGUUAUCUAAAUCAGACAAAAAUAUAGGUGCAGGCGGGUGGAUAAUUUAUUUGAAGCUGCGGAUUCGGGUGAUGUUUUAGCAUCUGCACAUCACUACUAUACAUACAGUUUGCUGUAGUUUCCAGCUGAAAUGAACACUAGAGGCAUUAAAACCAGUAAUCAAUAAAGUGGAUCAAUAAAAUAUCAUAUUCAUGCAGUUCCUUGCACAACACUAUGUUACUACCUCAAAACACUUUUACAAGUAGUAAUAUAGUUAACAAUUAUAUUUAAGUGAACUAUCCCUUUAAGGUAAGAGAUAAUGUUAUUGUAAUGGAUUUUUUCCUGUGCAUUCACAAACAUUAUUUUAUGGGUAACACUUUACAAUAAGGUUAAUUCGUUAACAACAUUAGUAAUCAUGAACUAAGAAUGAACAAUACCUCUACAGCAUUUAUUAAUCUCAAUGUUAAUUUCAGCAUUUAAUAAUGCAUUAUUAAAAUCACAAGUUGUGUUUGUUAACAUUAGUUAAUGCACUGUGAACUAACAUGAAUAAACAAUGAACAACUGUAUUUUCAUUAACUAACAUUAACAAAGAUUAAUAAAUAGUGUAAUAAAUGCAUUGCUCAUUGUUUGUUCAUGUUAGUUAAUACAUUAACUAAUGUUAACAAAUGACACAUUUUUGUAAAGUGUUACCAUUUUAUGUGUGAUUCUUAUAAAAUAUAUUUAAAAUGAACUCCAUUUUAUGAUAAACAAAAGGGUAUUACUAUGUUGGAAAAUAUUUCUGCAAUGUUGUGCAUAUCUACAAAGUACUGUAUAAGCAGAAUAUUUAAUUUGGAUUUUUUCCUUUAAAUUAGGGUCUUAAAAAAAUUAUUUUGCUUUUUUGGUCUAUUUUAAAAUGUGUCAGUGUCUUUACGCAUCAGCAUCUAUAUAUUAAUAACAUAUUUUAGUCAUGUUUGACUCUCCCUUGUGAUAAAUAUAAAAUGAACAAUAAAUAUUUUAAAGAAAAA